AUGGUCGAGCGUCUGGAGUCAGAUUAUGCUACUGUUGGAUUUAUAUGUAGCUUGCCUGCAACAUUUAUGUGCCUCGGAUGUCCUUUUGUAACACUCGUUUUGCCGAAGAUCAACCAUCGUUUUGUCGCUUUGUUAGGUGGAGGGUUGUGUGGAUUAUGUAUAAUUGCCAGCGCUUUCUUCAAAAACUCAGUUGCCGUUGGAAUCUUUCUCGCUUCAUCAGGUGUUGGCUUGUCAAUGACCUUCAUGCCCACAGUGAUUGCACUGAACGACUUCUUCAGAGAAAAGUUUGUUUUGGUGAACACAAUCACGUUGUACGGCUACACCGCUGGAUCCAUGCUGCUCCCCAUUGUAAUGGAAAGGUCAUUCGAAGCUUAUGGUUAUGUAGGGGCGUUUAUUAUCCUUGGCGGUAUCACUUUUAACCUUGUCGCUUGUGGUGCAACGAUACGCAAGGCGCCAAGAAACGCAGCUGUAAAUAAAGGCAAAAGUCAUGUUAAGGUGAAUGAGAAACGGAAGUGUCUCUUUGAAGGAGAAUCCUCAAAACAAACAGAAAGCAUCAGUUAUCAUAAUGAGGAGGAGGAGGAAAAUGAAAAAAAGGAGGAGGAGGAGGAGGAGCAAGAGGAAGAGAGUAGUGAAGAUUGUGUCUUGGAGGAAAGGCAUUUGAUUCAAACCGAGAGACGUAACAUAAGUAAGCAGGAAACAUCAUCGAAUGAUCGCUUAUCUCGGAAAAGCUCCGUCUUUCAAACCGGCAAACGGUCAUGUGGUUUAUUAAACGAACCACUUUAUCUCUUCACCAUCCCGAUUCAUUUCUUGAUAAUUUUCUCCAUUUAUGCGUGGAUGCUGUUUCUGGUCCCCCACGCUGAACACCUGGGAAUCCCUCCUUCCAAAGCAGUCUUUCUCUCCACAAUUGGCGGCAUAGGUGGCAUCAUCAGUCGGACUAUCUUCAUUAUCCUCGUCGACAAAGGCAUCAAUGUCUAUGUCGUCUACAUCGCUAUAGGUCUCAUCGGAACGGCAUCAUUUCUGCUGGACUUUAUCAGUUCUGCUUACGCGGUGCGUGCUACCUUGGCUUUUGUCCAAGGUUCCACCUUCUUCAUCGAGGAUGCUAUUAUGGCCACUUUAUUCAAAGAUGCAGUCUUUGAUGAUCGGAAUUUUAACAUGGCCGUGGCUGUCAGUCAAUUGGCGCAAGGACUAGGGGCGAUAAGUGCAGGAACAUUUACAGGUUACCUGUUUGAUGUCACCCAGUCAUUCACGAAGGUGUUCAUCAUUGUCGGCUUCAUCCAUGUCGUCAUGGUCGUUCAUCUCUUCAUCGUAUCGAUCCUUAUCAAGAGACGACGACAAGAUGCCAGCUCUGAUUUUGACCACUGAGGAUUUAGAAGAGGCAGAAAUGUACCCCCUAUACCGAACAACCGAGUAAUAUCAUGCCAUUAGCUACUAAUGGCUAAUAGUAAUGACUAACUGUUUUUCUCAUGAUUCUAAACUAUCUAUUUUGAUUGCUUUUAGUAUACAUAUUUAAAAGGAUACUGGUUAUUGGUAAUGUAUGAGUCGGGAGUAUACCCUCUGAUUACUUCCAAACUUUAACUCAGGGUUUCUAUACCUGGCCAUGUUAUUGGAACAUCUAGGUUCCAAUUUAAGAGUAUGUAUAUGGACCGAGAUGAAUUUGACGAAUUUGACGAUUCACAUAUAAGAUACACAUGUAGUUUACUAACCAAGACAAAAAGUGUUUCGCCUCAUUAAUAAAUCGGAUAUAAUGAGUAGGUAAACUGAUUAUGAAAAACCUUUUGUACGCACAGGUAAAGCUAGUGCCGCUCCCUUCUUCAUGCAUGAGUUACCUAUUUGCUUGACCGAAAAGUCGGGGCAAAUUUACCUACCGCGUUGACAGGUACGAUCGCAUCUGAGAAAGGGCAGGGCAAGCGCCAUUGGAACUGUGCGGGGUGUAUUUUUUCUUUACACGACAGUCUGUGAAUUUACGGUUUUAAUUUCAAUAAACGCGCUCACCAAGAGUCUAGCUAGCUAGCUUACCCUACGCAUGCGCACAUGGUAAUCAUUAGAGAUAGUGAUAGAGUUAUAAUAAUCAUGCAAACCCUUUUAUCAACCAAUAGUUAGAUCAAUCGGGAAGGACAGUGUAAUGCAAUCUUGUUGGUUCGAAUCUCAGUAUUUAUUCAGUUCUAUUUUUGGCCUUUAUAAAUGGUGAGGCAAAUCAAUAACUAAUUAAAGUCCAAUUUUUUGUGUUCUCUUUUUAAGCUUCUGUAGCUAAACUAGAUAGCUAGCUAGACUCUUCGUGAGCGCGUAUAUUGAAAUUUAAGCCGUAAAAUCACAGGCUGUCGUGUAAAAAAAAAAAUACGCGUGCGGGGGGUAGCGGUUGUCAAGCUGAUUUGUUAUUG